CAGCAUUUAUAUUUCAUUAAUCUGUGUCUGCAAGUAGAACUGUUCGCAUUCCACAACUUUAAACGCUCCUGAAAGACUCUGGAUGACUCCCUGGACUGACUGAAGUCACGACACCACAGGAAACUAAGGACCCCGAGCUGCACUGUGCAGCUCCGACACAAUGGCCGAGUCCACCGAGGUGAUCCAGAGACCAAAGGCUGGCAGUAAGGUCCUGAAGGAGGUUUCAGCUGACCCUGCGCCGGAGGCAGCGGUCAGAACCAGACCUGCAGACCUGGGGCUGCUCCGAAGCUUGUCCAAGUCGGACUCUGACUUGUUGGCUUCACCAAUCGGGGAGGAGGAUGGAGGAGGUCUGGCUGGCCGCAGUGGGUCUGUGUCUAACUGCACCUCUGGGCAGCCGUCCACGGAGCGCAUGCCUUCCUUUGCCUCUGAGUGGGAUGAGAUCGAGAAGCUCAUGAACCUGAUUGGAGCAGGGAUUGAAACGUCCAAAAGCAAACAACCCACACCAAGCUCAGAUGGGGCCUGUGGUAAAGCCCUGGACCAGCCGGUGGGAGAGUGGCUGGAGCACGUGGGGCUGCCGCAGUACGAGAGCAAGUUCCUGCUCAAUGGCUUUGACGACCUACGAUUCAUGGGAAGUAACGUGAUGGAGGACCAGGAUCUCAGAGACAUCGGGAUCACUGACCCCGGGCACAGAAAGAAAAUUCUCCACGCAGCACGCAGUUUGCCCAAGGUCAAAGCUCUGGGCUGCGACGGCAGCACGUCUCUCGCCUCCUGGCUCGACGGCCUCGGCCUGCACGAAUACCUGCCCAACUUCCUUUCGAGCGGCUACCGCACGCUGGAGUGCGUGAAGAACCUGUGGGAGCUGGAGAUCGUCAACGUUAUCAAGAUUGGUCCCCUGGGUCACAGGAAAAGGAUCAUUGCCUCUCUGGCAGAGAGACCCUAUGAGGAGGCUCCAACUAAAUCCCGUCGUCUGUCCCCGAUCAUGUUCCAUGACCUUCUGUCCCAGACCACGUCUCCCCUCAGUCAGAUGGACCCCUACACCAGUCGCUCCAUGGACAUGCUGCUGCCCCUGACUGAGUCCGACCGGAGGCGGCGAGGAGCCGACCAGGACUGUAGUGUUUCUCUGCGCUCCUACAGCGAAAGGCCGCGCUCUGUCGACAGACACAGUGAGCGGCACAAAGAGUCUCGUUUGAACCUCCGGCCUCCGAGCCAGUCUGCUACCUACGCCACAGUGUCCGCCUGGCACCACCAGCCUGAGAAACUCAUCCUGGACUCCUGCGGGUACGAGGCAACAUACCUAGGAUCAAUGAUAAUCAGGGAUCUACGAGGAAUUGAGUCCACACAAGAUGCCUGCGCUAAAAUUAGGAAAUCUAAAGACUCUAGAAAGGGUCCCGUUGUCAUAUUGUCCAUCACCUAUCGGGGGGUGAAGUUCAUCGAUGCAGCCACAAAGACCAUUGUAGCAGAGCAUGAGAUCAGGAACAUCUCGUGUGCCGCCCAGGACCCAGAUGACCUCUGCACCUUUGCGUACAUUACCAAGGAUCUGAAAAGUGGCCACCACUUCUGUCACGUCUUCAGCACUGUGGAAGUGACUCAGACGUACGAGAUCAUCCUCACGCUGGGGCAGGCGUUCGAGGUGGCGUACCAGAUGGCGAUUCAGUCCAGGGCGCGGCAGUACGUCCCGCCUUCAUCUCUGGUCUCAGAGGUCAUAGAAACCAAAACCAGCCGCCCUGUCUCUCAGUCGUGGAGCAGCAUGCGAAGAUCAGCAGGUGCCCCUCUGCUCGAAUGCCGCUGCUGUCACUGUCACACGUGUACUACCCACCGUCCUUCCUUCCUCCCGUUGCACUCUGUUAGCCCUGGAGUCCAGAUCGACCCCCUGGAGAUGGACGCAGACAUGCACUCCCUGGGCAGCACCACCUGGCUGUUGGACCAGCGGGACUCCAACAGGCGCCCCGUCAGCACCAACUCGCCCCAGCGUUCAAGUUUCCGGAUACCAAGCUGUGAGUUGAAGGGGAGCGGCCGAUGUGAGUGUGUUUCGCGUGUGUUGAGUUAGUGGGCAGAGCGGUGGAAAAAAGAGGUAGAGAGAGAGAGAGAGAGGGAGAGAGAGGGAGAGGUAAGCCUUACGCAAUGUGCAGGGCCAACCAGCGCUACUCUUGACAUUUAGAUCUCACUCUGUAUAUCCCCCGCUCCUCCACUGCCCCUGAGAUGAAUCCCAACACACUGACCAACGCCAACCUGUGGUCCCACUUCACCGGAUAAAACAGGACCUGUGUAUCACUCCUGUCUUGAGAAAGGUCAGACAGAAAGGUCAAGUCUAUUUCCCGGCCUUCAUAGGACUCUCUGAUCUUGUCAUGUAGGUACUGUAAUGUUUAGAGCACUGUAGACCAUUAAUGAGCAUUUCUAUUGAUUCAGGUCUAUUGAAGAUAGUAACUGUGGGAAUUAUUCAAGGGUAAGAAAAUGUAGAGAGAGA